AUGGAGCAACUGAACUCAGAGGAGUUCCAUUCACUCCUGGAUGCGACAAUGACCAAAUCGGUCACCCAAGCCAUCUACACGCCGAUGGGGGCAAUGUCAGAUAACCUGACCCAAUCCAUCAGCAACGCCAUCUUGGCAUCUAGACACAACCCUAGUGGCCUCCAUCCCAAAGCCCAAGAUAACAAGCCUGUAUGCCACAGCGGCCGCAAGGCUACAGUAAAGACCCACCUUGUGGGCAAUCAAACCUCCAAAACGAGUAUGACGGACAGGUUGCGCCCUGUCACUAGUGAGGAAGUGGGGCCCCCACGUAAAGGAGCCAUCCGCCGGGCAAAAACGGUGAGGGCAUGGAAAUGGGCAAAAGCCCUAACAGAUGUAUCUGACUCUGAUUCGGACCCUGAGGAGGUAUUGAGCAAGUCCGAAGAAAUCGUCUCUAUUGACUCGGAGAACUCUUCUCCGGAUCGCAGCCUGGCAGUAAAACCAGCCAACACUG